GUGCAUGCGCAGUGGUUCUUUGCCGCCGGUUAGCUUGUCAUUUGUAACCGCAACACACGAACUGUGAUUAGUAUUAGUUCAAAAAACUAAGUUUUGGCUUAAUACAAUUGUGUUUUUUAGGUUUGUGUGGAAUCGAUUUAAUCUUCUGGGGUUGCAGCGGCAGCAGAAGUGGACAGUAGACCCGGGUUUUACCGUUCGUUUGUGGAGUCGGGAUUGUAAAGCUUUGUAGGCCGCAGUGUCUGACAUCAACAACAACAACAUGGCCGAUGAUUUUGACAUUGAAGCAAUGCUGGAGGCUCCAUAUAAAAAGACUUGCCUAUAUCUCACCUCUACUACCAUGAAUUCCAGUGUGAACUGUCAAAAAAAUGAAGGAUGACAGCAAGUCCUUAAGUACCAAUGGCCACGAGGAGCGGAGUAAGAAGAAAAAGAAGAGCAAAAGUCGCAGCAGAAGUCGCAGUCGGGAAAGGAAGAGAAGCAGGAGUCACGAUCGCAAGAGGAGUCAUGACCGCAGAAGGAGCCGCAGCAAAGAACGGAAGCGCAGCCGCAGCAGGGAGAGACGGCGCAGCCGGUCCAGGAGCAAGGAACGUGGUGGUCGUUACAGAGCCCCAUUUUCUGGCCUGAAAUUUAACGGUGUUCCCAGGGGGAAGACUGGCCCACCACCUGCCAUCAAACUAAGCCGUAAAAGGUCUAGAAGCCGCAGUCCUUUCAAGAAAGACAAAAGCCCUAUAAGACAGCCCAUUGAUAAUCUCACCCCUGAAGAAAGAGAUGCACGAACAGUAUUCUGCAUGCAGCUGGCAGCAAGAAUCCGACCACGAGACCUGGAAGAAUUCUUUUCUGCAGUGGGAAAAGUACGAGAUGUGAGAAUCAUCUCUGAUAGAAACUCCAGAAGAUCCAAAGGAAUUGCAUACAUUGAGUUUGUGGACACCACCUCUGUACCUUUGGCAAUUGGCCUUUCUGGUCAAAGACUUCUCGGAGUACCAAUCAUUGUGCAGGCCUCACAGGCUGAAAAGAACAGAGCAGCUGCGUUGGCCAACAACUUACAGAAGGGCAGUUCUGGACCUAUGAGACUGUAUGUUGGCUCAUUGCAUUUUAACAUCACAGAAGACAUGCUCAGGGGCAUCUUCGAGCCAUUUGGAAGGAUUGAUAGUAUUCAACUGAUGAUGGACAGUGAAACAGGACGAUCAAAAGGAUAUGGCUUUAUCACAUUUGCUGAUGCUGAAUGUGCUAAGAAGGCUCUGGAACAGCUUAAUGGCUUUGAGUUGGCUGGCAGACCAAUGAAAGUGGGACAUGUGACGGAGCGCACUGAUGCCUCAACUGCCAGCUCCUUCCUGGACAAUGAUGAGCUGGAAAGGACCGGCAUUGAUCUGGGAACGACUGGUAGACUGCAGCUGAUGGCUAGACUGGCUGAGGGUACUGGUCUGCAGAUCCCACCUGCUGCUCAACAGGCCCUUCAGAUGAGUGGCUCCAUGGUAGCCAUGGCUGCAGCUACGGCUGCAAUGAACCCUGGAUUGAGUUUUAACAUCAAUGUGCCCACAAACCAACCUUUGAAUCUACCUUCACAACCGAUUGCAACACACUGUUUCCAACUGUCUAACAUGUUCAAUCCAAACUCAGAAAAUGAUCCUGGUUGGGAAGUUGAGAUUCAGGAUGAUGUCAUUGAAGAGUGCAACAAACAUGGUGGAGUCAUACACAUAUAUGUGGACAAGAAAUCAGCUGAAGGUAAUGUCUAUGUGAAGUGUCCCAGCAUUCCUGCUGCUAUGGCUGCAGUGAGUGCAUUACAUGGACGUUGGUUUGGAGGUAAAAUGAUCACAGCAGCUUAUGUCCCUCUUCCUACAUACCACAACCUUUUCCCAGAGUCAGUGCAGGCAACACAGCUUCUUAUGCCCAGUCGCCGGUGAUCAGUCACCCCUGGAAGAUUCUAUCUUUUCAGCCUUGCUCUUUUUAACUUUUGGACAAUGAUAACAGUUCUGCAAGCUGUGGCUGGGUUGUUUUGUUUGGUUACGAAUCCAGUAAGGUUAAACAUUUCACUUGCAUAGUGUACUUACAGGUCAUGGACUUGAAAAAAAAAGUUUCCUAUGUACAGCCUACUUAUUGAAUUUUGCUUCUUGAUCUUUUAUUGUUCGUACAUAAUUUUUUUUUUUCCUUUCAACAUGUAUAGUCAUUGUGAUGGAUCUGGUUGGCAUGUUUCUCACUCGAGGGAAUGUACAAUAUUGACAGAUACACAAUAUAAAUGGCUUGUAUUUAAACUGCAAUUUUGAUCAGACAUGAACAUAUUCAACUUUUUAGCUCUAUGAGCUGUGGGAACUAAAUGGCUGACAAAUCUGGUUAAAAAACAUCGUUUUUUUGAAUCAAGAUUUGAUUUUUGUAAAGUACUUGAUAAAAGUUAAUUUCAAAUAAAGCAACAAAAAAAAAAAAAAAACCUGAACAUUUGAACUGUCAAUUCCUGUUUGAAAAAGAGAUUUUUUUUUUUUUUUUUUUUGGCUGAUGUUUGCUGCUAUAUUUACUGGUUCAUUUUAAGAGUAUACAUUAAACUGGAAAAAGAAGGGUUUCCAGAAAGUAUCCAGCCAUACAUUUAUAAUAUGAAAUAAAAGGUUGUGGCUAUGUGCAACUGGUGAUGACACUGGACCUACCCAUGCGUUCCAUCUUGUGCUGAGUUUUUUGACGAAACAAAAUCACCCAACAUCCCUCCCCACCCCACAGUGCAUAUUUGGUGUCUUGUAACUUGUUUUUCCCAAAAUUGAAAUCACUUUUGAAUGGGACUGAGACGUCAUUAUUCAG